UCUAUAAAAUAUUGAGGAACAUAGACGAUGACGUGACAUGUAGUUGGGACUCUUGGUCACUGGAUGGUGAUAAUGAACCCAUUUUGCCGUCUGUCUGAAAAAGAGGAAGAUACUAACGCUACGUUCAUGCAGAGCCACGGCAUACGCUUCCACAUAGGAAGUUGCAGGAUGAGCUGGAAGUAGGUCCUCUCUAAAGUUGUGUCUCACUCGAGGCUAGUAGCUGCAGCAGUGUGAGUGAUCAUCCAGUGAGACAUGAUGGACUCCGAGGUGUCUGUGCUGCUGCACUGUGCAGCCUGGAGGGGCCUGCUGGAGUCUCAAGUACAAGUGGAGCUUUCUGAAAGAUUCAACAGGCAGACUGAUCCGGCUCUAGAGCGUCAAAUAGAGGAGGUGUGGACAGAGCGAGUAUCCAAAGAGUCGUGGCUUUUCAACGGGAUGAAAUUCAGACUGCACUCUUUCUGCUUAGCCUCAUCGUGCUCAGUUUCUCCUAAACACCAAUCCUGCACUCAUCCACCCCUCAUCCCCUUCUUAGACCUCGCAGAGGAACCAGAAGGGGAAUUACAGGACAGCAGACAAAGGAUGGAGGAGAAUUUGUGUGUCACUGAUUCUGUGCAGGAGGCUGUUCAGACCAAUCUUGACAAAAGAAACAGACCUGGGAAUCAAAGAGAAAAUGUAGAUAGUGUCUGUGCAUUGUCACGAGCUUCCUCUGGUUACAGUGAGUCUAAGAGCAUUACAGCUGAACAUCCUUCCAAAAACACAGAGGAUCAAGGGACCGGCCACCUCCUCACGCUGAGACUAGGCCUUACAUGCUACAAAGAUUACUUGGGAACAAACUGGUCUAGUAGAGUGGCAGAGCUACGUCAGCAUGGAGAGGUGGAGUUUGGUGAUCCUCUGGCGCUGCUGGCUCAGCCUCUGGGUGUGGGUGCAGUCCUGUGUACAGACGACGGUCAGGUGGUGUUGAUCAGGAGGAGCCAGAGAGUGGCAGAGGCGGGGGGGCUCCUGGACAUCCCCGGAGGUCACCCAGAGCCAAAGGUGGUGUGUGAGCGCCUGGGCCAGGCAGUGUGUGAGCAGCAGAUCAGCGUGGACAUGAUGUCACAGAGGCACGUCGUCUCAGAGCUGUUCUCGUCUGUCUGCGCUGAGAUCAGAGACGAGGUGAACAUUCCUCUGAGCUCCCUCGGAGAGCCGGUCCUGAUGGGUGUCGCUCUGAAUCACACCAGCGCCGGCAGACCAAGCGCUGAGUUCUAUGUCAGUUGCUCGUUGACAUCUGAUGAAGUCCGAAAAUUGUACUGGAAAGGAGGAGCAGAGGCCCAUGAGUCCACAGAUAUUGUCUUCUUCAGCAAGACGGAGUUGUUGCAGCUGGACAGAAGCAGCCCUCUGUGGUCGGAGCUGUGUCCUUCAGCUAAAGGAGCCGUGCUGCUUUAUCAGACCGUGAAGCCUGACGGCGAGGGAGACCAGAGCAGAUGACAUGACGUCCAGCUCAUCGCAUCAGAAAAUUAAUCCAGAUGAUCAAAUGUACAUUCACAACGAGAAACCUUGUCAUUCAAAUUCAGCGAUGUUUUACUAGUUGACUCUUUGACCAAUACUGGUGCAAGAUACAGUAAAUGUUUUCACAGUUUGUACACUGUAGAGUAAAAACAUGACAUUUUAAAAAUAUUUGAAUAAAAAUACCCAAAAGUUGACCGGGCUGUCUCAGGUAUGAUUAAUAAAUACUACAACAUUGAUUAUCUUUGACUGGUCAAAGCAGCGAGUGCAAAAAUGUACCGUAGUAGUUAGUUCUCUGUGUAAAAUAACUUGCUGCUGUAGUUAACUUUUUUUCCUCCUUUUUUUUUUUAAAUUAAAUGACAUCAGUAGAAUGAUCGUCCAUGUAAACAGAUCUCAAAUGCAUCAGUUUCCUCUCGCUGCAGGUUUCUUCAACAGUACCCUUCAUAUCCGCUGUAACCAACAUCUCUGUAGUAGCAGCCCUGGUCCACAUAAGGCACACUCCACUGAAAUGUAAAAAAACGUAAAUGGAUAAUGAGAUUUGAUUAAGAAAUGAAUUUAAGGGGGCUGUUGCUCUGUUACUUAGCAUCUUUCAGCGGUUUAAAAAGCAGUCGUCAAGAAUAUAUUUUCUGAUGACUCUAUUACAGCUUCGGGUGAGUGAGCCCUGUUCAUUUUGCCUACAUUACUGACAAACUGUCCACACUGGGUGAUUGAUUAAACCAUGGCUUUUAUGAAUUAA